GUUUUCUAGUCGCUGUGGUUGAUUCUUGCGCGCAUCUCAUGUCAGCCACGUGAUCCCGGGCUGGUUUGAGCCGCCUGCUUGCUUGGCUUCAUACUUCCUCUGGUUUUGUUGUUCUUUUUUUACUCCCUCCAGAACUCCCUUCGUCUCGUUCUCACGCCUCGUUAUUAAUCCGGAGAGGGGACCUGCUAGUCUCAUUAAAUUGUCCACUAGUCAGUCCAUUCAACUCAACCCUUUACCAUGGAACCUUCCCCCGGACCACCAUCUCCGCCCGUCGGGUGUUCCCAGCUUCCCGUUCCCUGAAGCUUCCGACUUCACACAAUGGUCUAGUCCUUUCCCCGAGCAAUGCUGUUUUCUAGCGGCUUCUUUCGCUUCUAUCAAGCAAGGGGGGAGGAAAGAUUCGGAUCAUUUCAAUUGGAAAGCAGAUGUGGCUGCCCAAGUCAAGAUCUCCCGAGGAAGGGAAUGUUAGAAGGCGAUCUCCGAGGGGAAGCAGAAGUUGCAGCAGCGGGAAACAACCAUGAAAUUCCGGGGGGGUCAUGUGGCCUGGGGAACAUAACCAGAAAUCCACAGGAAAGAACAGAAAAAGAAUGCAGCAACGACUUGGCAGGCCCGCUUCUUUUGCCCCCCAAGAAUGGACAAAAACUCACUUUGUUCCUGACGUCGCCUCUUAUCGCCUCUUUUCCUUCCACGUUCCUCCAGAGCUCGUCACGGGACGGUUCGGUCUCAAUCAAUAGUGCCUUGGCCACGGCUCUUGGUUGCUGAUCAUCCGAGGCUAGGUUCGGAGUCGUGGCGGUCCUGAUGCUUGUGUCGGGGACCCCCAGGCCCAGCUCACCCAACCAGAAUGUCCACCGCAUCCUGCUCGGGUAUGACUAUUGCCAGAGCCAAGAGAUGCAUGGGAAGGGGGGAUUUUCAAGGAUGACGUUCUCAGCCCCUCCUUUGUGAUAGUCCGUUUCGCAGGCAUGUGAAUUACAGCGUGUCCCGGUCCACCGUCGGGUAUGAGGAAUAGGCAAGCCACUGCUUGUCCCUCCACUUAUCUGCUUUCUGCAGCUGGGCUAGAAUCGGUAGCUCGCCUGAUCGACACCAUCUCCGGUCAACCCCUCUUCCCUGCUGCGA